AAUGAAGUUUCUCGCGCUGUUCUCCGUGUUGAUAGUGGUGUACGGGUACACUGACGUGGACAACUCCUUCAGUUACGAGGACGUCGCGAAGAACGCUACGGAGCUGCAGCAUCACCUCAACUGCUUCCUCGAGAUCGAGCCCUGCUCCGAUGUAGCUGCACAUUACAGAUCUCAUAUUAUGGAUACGUUGACGACAGACUGCGCCUACUGCACCGCGCAACACAAGCACAACGCCAAAAUGUUCAUUCAUGGCGUAAAAAAAUUCUUCCCCGACGGCUACAUAGCCAUGAAGAAGAAAUACGACCCCGAAGACAAGCUGUUUAAACCCUUCGAAGUAGAUAUGGAAAAGUUCUAA